AUGGGUUCCAGGCAGCAUCUUCGGGAGCUCAAAAGCGGUUCCCCGCUUCCCUACACAGACGAUAUAAGGGCCUACAAGAGAGAGUAUGCGGAAGCUCUUGAUGCCCAGGAUCCGCUUCGGAGCUUUCGCGAAGAGUUCAUCAUUCCAUCGAAGGAGGAUCUGAAGCGGAAGACUUUGGUAUCAGAAGACAGCAAUGAAGCAUCAGAUCCAUGCAUUUACUUGUGUGGUAACUCGCUAGGUGUUCAACCUCGCAACACUCAGCGAUAUAUCGAACAAUACCUGCGAACCUGGGCUACCAAAGGUGUGACUGGACAUUUUGUGCCGCAUGAUGAUCAGUUACUACCUCCUUUUGUCGAUGUCGACACUGCGGCCUCCAAGCUUAUGGCCCCAGUCGUUGGUGCUUUGCAAAGUGAAGUGGCUGUUAUGGGAACAUUGACAGCCAACCUGCACUUCCUCAUGGCAAGUUUCUAUCGACCCACCAAAGAGAAGUAUAAGAUUAUACUCGAAGGCAAGGCCUUUCCCAGUGACCAUUAUGCAGUCGAGUCUCAACUCCGCCAUCACAAUUUCAAUCCGAAGGAUGGCAUGGUGUUGAUCGAACCCAAGGAUCUGGAACAGCCUAUCUUGAGCACAGAACAGAUCAUCCAAGUGAUUGAUGACAAUGCUUCUAGUACUGCUCUCAUUCUUCUCUCGGCCAUUCAGUUUUACACGGGGCAGUACUUCGAUAUUGAACGAAUCACAGCCCAUGCCCACUCUAAGAACAUCUUGAUCGGGUGGGACUGUGCCCACGCCGCUGGCAAUGUGGAUUUGCGUCUCCAUGACUGGAACGUGGAUUUUGCGGCCUGGUGCAAUUACAAAUACCUUAACAGCGGACCGGGUGGGAUUGCAGGACUCUUUGUCCAUGAACGCCACGGUUCCGUCGAUGAGAAACAGCCCGACAGUGAAGAGACAUUCCGGCCUCGACUUUCAGGUUGGUGGGGCGGAGAUAUCAAAACCCGCUUCGACAUGGCAAACCAAUUCUUACCACAGCCCGGUGCAGCUGGGUUCCAGCUAUCGAACCCCUCCGUUCUGGACAUCAAUGCAGUCGUCGCAUCUCUCGAGAUCUUCAAUCGGACAACAAUGAAAGAAAUCCGACAAAAGUCCCUCAAUCUCACGGGGUAUCUCGAACACCUUCUGUUGAAGUAUCCCCUGGAUGCGCCCCCAGAAGACAAACCAUUUACACUUAUCACGCCGUCGAAUCCAGCUGAACGAGGUGCCCAGCUCAGUCUUCGUCUCCAGCCAGGCUUGUUAGAUCAUGUUCUGCACCUCCUGGAGGAGAAUGGGGUCGUUAUUGACGAACGGAAACCCGAUGUGAUCCGGGUCGCCCCUGCGCCGCUCUAUAACACGUAUGUAGAGGUCUGGGAAUUCUCUCAGAUCUUCUUGCGGGCAUGUAAAGAGGCUGUCAAAGCGCGUUGA